AUGCUGCAAAUGGACAAUCCCAUAACCCCCGGCGAAAUCCUGCUCGAAGAAUACCUGAAGCCGAUGGGCAUUUCGCAGAAUGCCAUGGCACGGGCAAUUGGAGUGUCGCCGCGUGCCAUCAACGAGAUAGUGCAUGCCCGGCGUUCCAUCACGCCGACGAUGUCAAUUCGCUUCGGCGCGUUCUUCGGUCAGUCCGAUGAGUUCUGGCACGGCAUUCAGGCAGAGUGCGAAUUCCGAAAGCUGGCAGCAGACAAGGAUCGUCUGGUUGCCGACAUUAUGACGGCUUCGGCGCUGGUGCAAGACGUGGGAUGA